AUGAUCCUUAUUGCAGACCAUGGAAUGAUCCUUAUUGCAGACCAUGGAAUGAUCCUUAUUGCAGACCAUGGAAUGAUCCUUAUUGCAGACCAUGGAAUGAUCCUUAUUGCAGACCAUGGAAUGAUCCUUAUUGCAGACCAUGGAAUGAUCCUUAUUGCAGACCAUGGAAUGAUCCUUAUUGCAGACCAUGGAAUGAUCCUUAUUGCAGACCAUGGAAUGAUCCUUAUUGCAGACCAUGGAAUGAUCCUUAUUGCAGACCAUGGAAUGAUCCUUUUUUUCUUGCAAUUGAUUAAAGCAGAAGUGCCAGGCAUCGUGGCCAUAAGUGCCAGUCAUCGUGGCCAGGAGUGCCAGUCAUCGUGGCCAGGAGUGCCAGUCAUCGUGGCCAGGAGUGCCAGUCAUCGUGGCCAGGAGUGCCAGUCAUCGUGGCCAGGAGUGCCAGUCAUCGUGGCCAGGAGUGCCAGUCAUCGUGGCCAGGAGUGCCAGUCAUCGUGGCCAGGAGUGCCAGGCAUCGUGGCCAGGAGUGCCAGUCAUCGUGGCCAGGAGUGCCAGUCAUCGUGGCCAGGAGUGCCAGUCAUCGUGGCCAGGAGUGCCAGGCAAAUCCCCUCAAGGGAUCUCCAGGGCAAUGAGUUGACAGCAGUGUACUACACAGACCUGGCUGGCCUCUCACAGCUGCGCAUCCUGCAGCUGCACGACAACAAGCUGCACACCAUAGAGCGCGGCGCCUUCCAGGACCUGCAGCAGCUGGAGAGACUGCGGCUCGACAACAACCGCUUGCAGCAUCUUCCUGACAACCUCUUCACCAACUGCCCCGGCCUCUACAAACUGGAGCUCAAUCGUAACCAGCUGAAGAUCAUCGCCAAGAAGAUGUUGAAGGGCCUCGCCCAGCUGCGCUACUUACAGCUGGAUGAGAACCAGAUCACUUGCAUCGACGAGCACGCCUUCAGGGGCCUGGCACUCCUGGAGAUACUAACAUUGACCAACAACAACAUUACAACGCUCUGGCGGGGCACCUUCGAGUCGACACCGCGCCUGCGCGCUCUCCGUGUCUCUGGCAACAAGCUCAUCUGUGAUUGUCACUUGUCAUGGCUGGGACGCAUGCUGGCCGCCGCCCCGCACCUCGCCCCCUACGUCCGCUGCUCCUCCCCCUACAGGCUCAAGGAUAGACUCAUCACUGAGGUCCUUGACAAUGAAUUCAAGUGCACUGGUGGGGGUUCCAUGCCGGGGCUGCAUACUCAAGGUCUGGUGGAGACGGUGGACCGCGGGUGCAGCCUGGCGCCCGUCUGUCCCCGCGCCUGCCGCUGUGGCGCCGGCAUCGUCGACUGCCGCGACACUGGCCAGACUGACGUGCCCACGCACAUCCCCGACGACACCAUAGAACUACGCCUGGAGCACAACGAGAUCAGCCACGUCCCCUCCAAGAUCUUCACGCCCUACCGUCUCCUGAAGCGCAUCGACUUGAGCAACAACGAGAUCAGCGAGGUGGCCGAGGACGCCUUCCACGGCCUGGACAGUCUCAACUCUCUCGUGCUCUACGGCAACAAGAUCACCAGCAUAUCCUCCAGGUUACUGAGGGGACUCACCAACCUGCAGCUCCUGCUCCUCAACGCUAACAGGAUCGAGUGUGUCCAUCCGGUAGCCUUCAAGGACCUCCGCAAACUCAGUCUCCUAUCGUUGUAUGACAACCAGAUCAUGUCUCUGAGCAACGGGACCUUCAGCCCUCUCACAAACAUCCAGACCAUGUAA